AUGAAGACUGCCAUCCUUACCCUCUGUGUCGCCUCGGCCGCUGCUUUUGCCCCUGCUAGCAAGCCUGCCUUCUCCACUGCCGUCAACGGCAAACAGGAUUUCUUGGAGGCCGAGCCUUACUAUGAUCAAUCUACUGUCCCCGUGAAUGUGUACAAGAACAAGGCUCCUUUCACCGGAAAGGUUGUUUCCACCAAGCGCAUUGUUGGACCCAAGGCCACUGGUGAGACUUGCCACAUCAUCAUCGACCACGAUGGUGACUUCCCCUACUGGGAGGGCCAAUCCUGGGGUGUCAUCCCCCCUGGUAACCGUGAAAAGGACGGAAAGCCCCACUCUGUUCGUCUUUACUCCAUUGCUUCCAGCCGAUACGGUGAUGACAUGACCGGGAAGACUGGAUCCCUUUGCGUCCGACGUGCCACUUACUGGUGCCCUGAGUUGAAGGCCGACGAUCCGGCCAAGAAGGGUAUCUGCUCCAACUUCCUUUGCGACACCAAGCCUGGUGCUGAAGUUAAGAUGACUGGACCCGCUGGAAAGGUUAUGUUGAUGCCCGAAGAGGACCCCAACACUGACUACAUCAUGGUUGCCACCGGAACCGGAAUUGCCCCCUACCGUGGAUUCAUCCGCCGUCUCUUUUUCGAAGACACACCCGCUGCUGGCGUCUACAAGGGAGAAGCCUGGUUGUUCCUCGGUGUUGCCAACUCUGAUGCCCUUCUCUACGAUGACGAAUUCCAAGAGGCCAAGAAGAACUACCCUGAUAACUUCCGUCUUGAUUAUGCUCUUUCCCGUGAACAAAACAACGCGAAGGGAGGAAAGAUGUACAUCCAAGACAAGGUCGAGGAAUACGCUGAUGAGGUCUUCUCCAAGCUUGAGGGAGGUGCCCACAUCUACUUCUGCGGUUUGAAGGGAAUGAUGCCCGGAAUCCAAGACAUGCUUAAGGGUGUCGCCGAGAAGAAGGGUCUUGACUACAACGAGUGGCUCAAGGGCUUGAAGGCCAAGAAGCAGUGGCACGUUGAGGUGUACUAA